AAAAGUGAACAAAUCUUACAGAGGAAGAUCGUGCCCUAUUGUUGUUCACUGCAGUGAUGGUAUCGGCCGAACUGGAACAUACUGCUUGAUUGAUAUGGUUCUCAACCGCAUGGCAAAGGGCGCAAAGGAAAUUGAUAUUGCAGCUACUCUUGAACAUGUUCGUGAUCAACGCGCCGGGAUGGUUAAAACCAAGGCACAGUUUGAAUUUGUUCUGAUGGCCAUUGCGGAAGAAGUUCAUGCUAUCUUAAAGGCAUUGUCUCAGUAGUCAUCACUGUUAUACUCCCACUGAGAAACAUCCUCGACGCCCAGCCCUGUAUUGUGUGGACAUAACCUAGGCCGAUACUUUGAUAAACUGCAUGGUAUAACUUAAAUUAUCAAUUAAGGCAUCUGCAACAUGUAUACACCCCACGAGUACUAUCUGCAGCGUGAAAUCCCAAGUGAUCCUCCAAUCCCCCAGUGGCUGCAGGAAUGCUAUCUUCGUUGAAAUAUAUAACUUGUGUUGUGAAUCGUACUAGUAUAUCAUUUGAUGUUUCAGCUAUGAGUUCCUUAUAAGUAAAUCUCUGGUCAACAAAGGUGUGAUAUUUUCUGUUUCAUUUACCGAUAUCUAAUUUUGUUUUGCUUCCAUUACUCUGCUCUUUAAAAGUUGCUUGUAUGUCUUGAGUCAGCUAUAAUUUAUUCUCAUAUGCAAAUCAAGUACUCAUUUAAGUUAUUUAUCCUCGCUUAAUUGAGACUACUUAUUUAUUUACAAGUGCAAUGGAAAACAUUAGCGUAACUGAGACGAUUUGUUAUUAAUAUAGAUAAUAAAACAGAUUUUAACAAUUAUAUUUCUCUUUAACUUGCUUGUAGUGAUAAAAAUCAUGAUUCAGCUGCUAAUUUUAAGAUUAUUAGAUUUGUGAGUUAUAUAUGAGUUUAUUUAUAUGAACCGUUUCAAAUUCAUCGCGUUUUUAAACUGUUUAUAUGAAUCUUUAGUUUUAAAUUACUUAGCUCAUUUCUUUAAAUUUUCGAGGAAAUCAGCUUUUUCAAUAUAUUUCCCAAUUUCUUAAAAGAAGUUCUAUGUGGUUUUAACGAAGUUUAAGAUUUUAGCUUCAGAAAUCUAAGUUUUGUUUCAGAAUUGAUUAUUUGUAAUAUGUUAUUAAAUUUCUUAACUGACUCAGAUUAUGCAUUAUGUUCCUUUUUUUUUUUUUUUUUUUUUUGUAA